AAGAGUCUGAUGAUAAUGCAGUGAAAGAAUCUAUUAGUGAGCUUUUUUUAAGGGUCUUUGUUAAUAAUUCAUUGUCCUGUGCGUCAAAAAUUAAAAAGCCAUACUACUCUGCUGGGAUUUACUUGAAUGUUUGCGUUGAAUGUAGAAGUCUAGAUAUUUCUAAAGUGGCAAAAGGUGAAUAUCCAUAUUGUAGUGACUGUGGUGGUAGUUCUGGUGGUUCUAAUUCAAAAAA